AUAAUACGAAAGUUUAUCUCUGGAUAGCUGACAGAGUUUAGCAGACAUUAGGGGGGGCUUUUUUAAAUGCUGCUUUUUAAUCACUUCGCAUAAAACAAAAAAAAAAUUUAACUAUGCCAGUUACAUUUUUAUUGAAAUUCCUGUUGCUACGGUACAUUUAAUGCUGGAGCAAAUGGUAAAGAUUAAAUUCGACUGCUACCGGUAACGGCAACACCAGGGCUGAACUAUGUGUGCACUUAACUAUCGAUAGCUUCCGUUAACAGCUAAAUUAUUUAACAUAUAUUAUAAAUUAAAAUUGUUAUGAGUAAUCCGUUUGGCCUCUAAGUCUGGCAGCACUAAUGCCGCGCUCAUCUGUUUCUUUAUUCGCGCCAAAAAAGGAAAACAAUUGAAUAGAAGUAAACAAAUUCUGUGGUAAAAUGACGACUUUGGUCGAACAGCUUAUUUCGAAAAUGGGCCUUAGUGACGAGCCCAAUGUAUUAGAGAAAACAACGGAGCUGCUAAGAUUGCUAGAGCUGCGUUCGACAAACGUUCCGCUGCAAAUAAAUGAAUAUGGAAAAAUAGUUUUGUGCACGGAUAUUGCAUGCAGUCUUUUAGACAUUGGCUUUGACAAAGAGCAGGCACUUAAACUAUCCGCAUUGCGUAAAACUCAUUAUGCCAAUAACAAGAGAAUGUUUGAGAAAUUGCUUGAAUUGAAUAGAUUGGCUAGCAUCAAAGAUAUUUGUGUGCAGCUCAGCUUGAACGAGGUCGCACAUAAGGCUGAAGAUAUCCUCGCAUUGUUCAAAAAGGUUGCGCGUGAAGAUGUGGAUCCCGAACAUCCACAAUAUGCCGCAAUGGCCGUGUUCCACGCCUGCCGCUUGAUGAAAAAGAAAGUAUCCAAACCAAAAUUAAUGCCAUUUAGCAAUUUGCGACCCACACAAUGGCAGCAGCUCGAUCAACAAUGGGAUCGCAUGAUUGCGAAGCAUUUAAAUGAUACCAAUAUAGCAGCGGGCUUAAAUAACAAACUGGUACUGCAAGAGGAGCAGAAUAUAUUGACCACGAAGAAGAAGAGUAGUGAAAAAGUUGAAAUCGAAGAAUAUGAAAAAUGGAAAAGUCGAAUGCUCAAAUUAGCUGAAGCUAAACUCAAAGAACAGGAAAGCAAUGUCUAAUUAUAGUUAUUUUUU